AUGAUAAUGAUGAAUAAUGAUAAUAAAAUGAUAAUAAAUAGAUAUGGAUGCUUUUAUGAAUGUUCAUCAUUAACAACAAUUAAUAUACCAUCAUCAAUUAAUGAAAUAGCAUAUAAAUGUUUUUAUAAAUGUUCAUCAUUACAAACAAUUAAUAUACCAACAAGUAUUAGUAAAAUAGGAUAUGGAUGUUUUUAUGAAUGUUUAUCAUUAACAACAAUUAAUAUACCAACAUCAAUUAAUGAAAUAGGAUAUGGAUGUUUUUGUAAAUGUACAUCAUUACAAUCAAUUAAUAUACCAACAUCAAUUAAUGAAAUAGGAGAUUAUUGUUUUAAAGAAUGUACAUCAUUACAAACAAUUAAUAUACCAACAUCAAUUACAUCAAUAGGAAAUCAAUGUUUUUAUGGAUGUUCAUCAUUAACAACAAUUUAUAUACCAACAAGUAUUAGUAAAAUAGGAUAUGGAUGUUUUUGUAAAUGUUCAUCAAUAACAACAAUUAAUAUACCAACAUCAAUUACAUCAAUAGGAAAUUAUUGUUUUAAAGAAUGUUCAUCAUUAACAACAAUUAAUAUACCUUCAUCAAUUAAAUACAUAGGAAAUAAUUUUUUUAAAGGAUGUACAUCAUUACAAACAAUUAAUAUACCAUCAUCAAUUAAUGAAAUAGGAGAUUAUUGUUUUAAUGAAUGUACAUCAAUAACAACAAUUAAUAUACCUUCAUCAAUUACUAAAUUAGGAAAUGGAUGUUUUUAUAAAUGUUCAUCAAUAACAACAAUUAAUAUACCAACAUCAAUUAAUGAAAUAGGAAAUGGAUGUUUUUGUAAAUGUACAUCAUUACAAUCAAUUAAUAUACCAACAUCAAUUAAUGAAAUAGGAGAUUAUUGUUUUAAAGAAUGUACAUCAUUAACAACAAUUAAUAUACCUUCAUCAAUUACAUCAAUAGGAAAUCAAUGUUUUUAUGGAUGUUCAUCAAUAACAACAAUUAAUAUACCAACAUCAAUUAAUGAAAUAGGAUAUGGAUGUUUUUGUAAAUGUACAUCAUUAACAACAAUUAAUAUACCAACAUCAAUUACAUCAAUAGGAAAAGAAUGUUUUAGUGAAUGUUCAUCAUUACAAACAAUUGAUAUACCAACAUCAAUUAAUGAAAUAGGAGAUUAUUGUUUUAAAGAAUGUACAUCAUUAACAACAAUUAAUAUACCUUCAUCAAUUACAUCAAUAGGAAAUCAAUGUUUUUAUGGAUGUUCAUCAAUAACAACAAUUAAUAUACCAACAUCAAUUAAUGAAAUAGGAUAUGGAUGUUUUUGUAAAUGUACAUCAUUAACAACAAUUAAUAUACCAACAUCAAUUACAUCAAUAGGAAAAGAAUGUUUUAGUGAAUGUUCAUCAUUACAAACAAUUGAUAUACCAACAAGUGUUAUUGAAAUAGGAAAUUGUUGUUUUUAUAAAUGUUCAUCAAUAACAACAAUUAAUAUACCAACAUCAAUUAAAACAAUAGGACAUUGGUGUUUUAAAGAAUGUACAUCAUUACAAACAAUUAAUAUACCAACAUCAAUUACAUCAAUAGGAAAUGAUUGUUUUUAUGAAUGUUCAUCAUUAACAACAAUUUAUAUACCAACAAGUAUUAGUAAAAUAGGAUAUGGUUGUUUUGAAUGUUGUUCAUCAUUACAAACAAUUAAUAUACCAACAUCAAUUACAUCAAUAGGAAAUUAUUGUUUUUAUAAAUGUUUAUCGUUAAAAUCAAUUAAUAUACCAUCAUCAAUUACAUCAUUUGGAUGGGGAUGUUUUUAUAAAUGUGGAUGUGAAGAAGAAUUAAUGAAAAAUGAAAGAAUACCAAUAGAUUGUUUUGAUAGAGGGUGGUGA